CAUUCGAACUGCAAUCAACAAAGCUUUCUGUUCUUUGUAUUUGAGAAGACGGCGAUGAGUACGGGGCUACACCGAAGCAUGGUUUGCAUCUUUCUUCCACUCGCAGUGUUCCUGUUUGUCACCCACCAACAUGCCGCCCACGCUCUCAUGCCCUACCGCUCCAUAUGGGACAUCAUGCAACCAGGCGGGUUCUCGGAGGAUCCAUUCAGAAUCCUAGAGCAGAGUCCCCUAGGCGUUUCAAGAUCAGCGGUGGACACAGUGGCAAUAGCACGCACAGACUGGAAGGAGACAAGCGGGGAGCACGUGAUAUGGAUGGACAUUCCCGGCGUGAAGAAGGAGGAUUUGAAGAUCGAGGUGGAGGAGAACAGCGUGCUGAGGAUCAGCGGAGAGAUGAAGGGAGAGCGAGAGGUGGAAGGGGAGAGAUGGCACCGGGCAGAGAGGAGUUCGUCGGGGAGGUUCUGGAGGCAGUUCAGGCUGCCGGGGAACGCCAACAUGGAAGGGAUCAAAGCCCACUUGGAGAACGGGGUGCUGAAGGUGACGGUGCCGAAGCUGCCGGAGGAGAAGAAGGAGGCGAAGGUGGUGAAGAUCGAGGAAGGGAGCAUGUCCGGCGGCGAGGAUCUGAAGGCUUCCAGAGCUGAAGUCUAAAAUAAUGAGACGGAUGUUGAAGGAUCUUAUUUAAUAGGUUUAUGCUUUGGAUGAAAUUUUUAUGAGAAUAAUAAUUUUGGAAUAUAUAUAUAUGAUUUAAUAAA